CUCCCGGUCCGAAUUAAAAGCUGAAAGCCCUCUUAUCUUUGCCUCCGGCUGUGAUUAGAGGUUGGCCCAACUGCGACAUCGCCGGGGCAGCAAACAAUCGCGACUUGAGAUUCUCGGUAGAGUGGCACAAAGAAUUCUGUACCAGCAAUGAGAUGUCGCCCCUUCUGCGUUCUUUGUGCAUCCAUUCAGUGCUCCUGGUACUAUUCCUCUGUGUUCUGCAAGCCUUUGAACUGCAACUUCACGAGCAGCAGCUACAGCAGCAAAAGGAUGAGCAGCUGCGUCUGCGCGAGGAGCAGCGCCAGCGGGACUUGCAGCGGGAACAGGAAGCUCUCCAACGCCGACUUUCGUCCUCGACAACCACCCGGAAACCAUACAUAAUACCAAAUGGAUUAUCACUGCCCCGGAGAGGAGAACAUCCGGAGAAGUGCUACCGCGAAGUGCCGGCCGUGUUUUUCCAAUACGAGAAGGAGGUUAAGAUUGUAGGUAAUAGCACAACCGAUCGGAAUUUUAACGUUAUCGAGGUGUGCUGCAAGGGAUGGCGACGUUACGAGUACGAUUGGAGCCAGUGCGUCCCGGACUGUGGAGAACGGUGCCAGGAGAAUGGUUUUUGUCUGGCGGGCGGCAAGUGUCAGUGCUUUGCGGACUUUGUGCUCAACUACCGGAACAACUGUGUAGCCACCUGUCCGUUGGGAUGUCUACAUGGCCAAUGUUACCUGAACGGCACUUGCCGUUGCGAUCCAGGCUACGAACUAGACGGAUCCCGCAAGUUCUGUCAGCCGCAAUGCAACACCACCUGUGGCCACAACGAAGUCUGCUCGGAACCCGGAAAGUGCACAUGUGCCGAAGGAUAUGCCCGCGGACUGAGAGAAUCCGCAUCACUCGGCUGCCAGCCAAUUUGCAUUCCUGACUGUGGAUAUGGCCACUGUGUACGGCCAAACCAAUGCGAGUGUUUCCCAGGAUUUAAGAAACGCCUAAACGGCAUCUCCUGUGAAAGUGAGUGUUAUCGGCGCUGCGAGAAUGGUUUCUGUGCGAACAUGACGACGUGCGUGUGUCAGAAUGGAUAUCGCUACGACCAGAAUACGACGAGCUGUUUGCCGGAUUGCGGGGACAGCUGCGAUAACGGAAUUUGCAUCUCGCCGGGUAACUGUCGUUGCUUCAAGGGUUAUGUUCGGAAUCGUGAGCGAUGCGACGCGGUCUGCAUUGGAGGAUGUGGCUUCUAUGGCAAAUGUAUAGCUCCCAAUGUUUGUGGAUGCGCCGUGGUACCAGGUCCAGAUCGAACGUAUCAGCGUUGCGAGAAUGGAGUGUGCAACUCCAUCGGAAGAUGCCGUUGCCAGGCCGGCAUGACGAGAUUCAUUGACAAGUGCAUGUCUCCGGAUGCGGUAACCACUUAUGCCUCCAUGAAUCCCGUCAGGGUAAACGCCUCACUGGUCGAGGAGUUUAAUCUGUUGAUCGGCAGGCACUUUAAUUUCAGCACUGUCAGCGAUAUGUGGUGGCUGUGAGAUAACGUUUUCAGUUCUCCGCACUGAAAUUCUCUCAAAUUUUAAGGGCCACUAAAAAAAAACCAAUAAAUAAUCAUAAUUUUUUCAA